AAGAUGGCGGCGCCCUUGGAGCUCAGGUGCUGGGGAGGCGGCUGGGGGCUCCCGUCGGUGCACAGCGAGUCCCUGGUGGUGAUGGCUUACGCCAAAUUUUCUGGUGCACCCCUGAAAGUCAAUGUCAUAGAUAACACCUGGAGAGGUUCAAGAGGAGAUGUACCAGUUUUGACAACUGAAGACAAUAUUGUUUCUCAGCCAGCAAAAAUACUAAACUUUUUAAGAAAACAGAAAUACAAUGCCGAUUAUGAACUGUCAGCAAAACAAGGGGCAGAUACACUAGCUUACAUUGCUCUCCUCGAAGAGAAGCUUCUUCCUGCAGUGCUUCAUACAUUCUGGGUUGAGAGUGACAAUUACUUUACUGUGACAAAGCCAUGGUUUGCUUCACGAAUGCCUUUUCCCUUGAGUUUGAUCCUGCCUGGAAGAAUGUCUAAGGGAGCACUGAAUAGGAUUAUCCUGACCAGGGGAGAGCCUCCCCUCUACCACCUCCGAGAUGUAGAAGCUCAGAUAUACAGAGAUGCCAAGGAGUGCCUAAAUCUUCUGUCAAACAGACUGGGAACAUCUCAGUUUUUCUUUGGAGAUACGCCUUCUACUUUGGAUGCCUAUGUGUUUGGUUUUCUCGCACCUCUUUAUAAAGUACGCUUUCCUAAAGUUCAGUUACAAGAACAUUUGAAACAGCUCUCCAACCUGUGUCGCUUUUGUGAUGACAUCCUAAACAGUUAUUUUAGGCUUAGUCUUGGAGGCAUCUCUCCUGCUGGACAAGAAACGGUAGAUGCAAAUCUGCAGAAACUCACACAACUUGUAAAUAAGGAAUCCAACUUGAUUGAAAAGAUGGAUGACAAUCUUCGCCAAAGCCCUCAACUUCCUCCUCGGAAACUGCCAACACUUAAAUUGACUCCAGCAGAAGAAGAAAGUAAUUCCUCACAACGGCUAUCACCCUGACAGUCUUCAUGCUUUGUGUCCAAAGUCAUAUAAUUGUUGCAGUAAUCUCUUACACUAAGUGUGUGAAGGCAAAAAGAAAAUUCAUAAAUAGGUAUA